UUGAUUAUGUGUAUAUUUAUAUAUGAUUGUUCUAUAACAGUAGUAAAUCUAAACGAGAAGAAGAAGUAAUACCCAUAAAAAGAUUACACAACUUUCACUCUCAUUUUCGAUCUUCAUUUCAUCACAGCAAACACAAAAACACUACGGAACAAAAACAGAAACCGCACACCUCCAACACGGCAAGUGAUGCAACAACGCCAAACCAGCCAAAAAGCCAAAAACUUUAAUCAAUAUUAAUACAUAAAAAGAGAGAGGAGAGAAGAAGAGAAGAGAUCCUCUUUCUCUUUCUCUUUCUCAGUUCUCAUUUCUCAUUUCUCUAUCUGGGGUUCACUAUCUGAAUUGAAUUGAAUUGGUUGUUAAUGCUAUUUAUAUAUAUAUGCAUGUAAAAUUUCUCAUUGUUGAAGAAAAGCUAGUUGAGGUGUGGCUGCUCUUCUCUCGCUGUCUUUCUUGCUCUCGUAUUGGGUUUAUUUGAGAGAAGGAGAAAGAGCAGAGAGAUGCUUUGGCAUUUUAAUAAGGUAAAAUAAAAAGAGUAGCUAUCAAUCACAAGGAUUGCCUCGGCAAUCGCCACCGGCUCAAGCUCAACAAAAGAUACGAUUUUCAAGAUUCUAUCUCCAAAACAGCUAAAUUACCCAGAUGGUGAAAUGCCCUGCUUUGUACGAUUCAAUUGCUUCUCAUUAACUAGUCGUAUUAAAACACCAUCAUCAUCACCGACUCGCUCAUUUCAAUCACCGAGAACUCACCUUUUUCAAUAAUGGGUUUCGCCUUCUUGCUUAAUAAUUACAAUUCCAUCACACAGUCGUCACUCUCAGUUUUGAAGGAAUUUCAAGGCCUACCUGUAUUGCAACUAGCCUCAAUUUGUAUCAAUUUGACACUUUUUCUUGUUUUUCUCUUUAUAGUUUCUGCUAGACAAAUUUUCGUUUGUGUUGGUCGAGUUAGAUUGCUUAAGGAUGAUCAUUCAGCUGCUAAUUCAAGUCCAAUUCGAAGAAGUAGCGCUGAUGGAGAGAUUCCAGUUGUUAUUACAAUCAGUACUGGGUUUAAGCUGGUACUAGUUUGUUGUUUCUAUGUUUUGUUUUUGCAGUUUUUAGUGUUGGGUUUUGAUGGGAUUGCUUUGAUUAGAGAGGCUGUUAAUGGGAAAGUUGUGGAUUGGUCUAUAAUAUGUUUACCUGCAGCUCAAGGUUUAGCUUGGUUUGUGCUGAGCUUUUCAGCUCUUCAUUGUAAAUUUAAGGCCUCUGAGCAAUUUCCAUUACUGUUGAGGGUUUGGUGGUUUUUCUCAUUUUUGAUUUGUUUGUGCACUUUGUACGUGGAUGGGAGGAGUUUUCUGAUUGAAGGUGUGAAGCAUUUGAGUUCUAGUGUUGCGAAUUUUGCUGCAACUCCAGCUCUUGCUUUUCUGUGUUUUGUAGCAAUUAGAGGUGUUACUGGAAUUCAAGUUUGUAGGAAUUCUGAUCUUCAAGAGCCAUUGCUUCUUGAAGAAGAGGCAGGGUGUCUUAAGGUCACUCCUUAUAGUGAUGCUACUUUAUUUAGCUUAGCUACACUUUCAUGGUUAAACCCACUUCUUUCUAGUGGUGCAAAGAGACCGCUUGAGCUUAAAGAUAUACCCCUUUUGGCUCCAAAGGAUCGAGCCAAGAUGAAUUAUAAGGUUUUGAAUUUGAAUUGGGAGAAAGUGAAAGCAGAAAGUCCUUUAAAGCAGCCCUCUUUAGCUUGGGCCAUUCUCAAGUCUUUCUGGAAGGAAGCAGCUUGCAAUGCCAUAUUUGCCUUGAUAAAUACUCUUGUCUCAUAUGUGGGUCCAUACAUGAUUAGCUACUUCGUCGAAUAUUUAGGGGGAAAGGAGACUUUCUCUCAUGAGGGAUAUAUUCUUGCUGGGAUAUUCUUCUCAGCAAAGCUUGUGGAGACCUUAACAACUCGGCAAUGGUAUCUGGGUGUUGACAUCUUGGGCAUGCAUGUAAGGUCAGCUUUGACAGCAAUGGUGUAUCGAAAGGGACUCAAGCUCUCAAGCUUGGCCAAGCAAAGCCACACUAGUGGAGAAAUUGUUAAUUACAUGGCAGUUGAUGUCCAGAGGAUAGGGGAUUACUCUUGGUAUCUACAUGACAUAUGGAUGCUUCCCCUGCAAAUAAUUCUUGCCCUUGCAAUCUUGUAUAAGAAUGUUGGAAUUGCUUCUGUUGCAACUUUAAUUGCCACCAUUAUCUCCAUCAUUGUUACUGUCCCCCUGGCUAAGGUACAAGAAGAUUAUCAAGACAAAUUAAUGACUGCAAAGGAUGAUAGGAUGAGGAAAACUUCUGAGUGUCUGAGGAAUAUGAGGAUUCUGAAGUUGCAAGCUUGGGAGGACAGGUAUCGACUGAAGCUGGAGGAGAUGCGGAAUGUGGAGUUCAGGUGGCUCCGAAAGGCCCUCUACUCACAAGCUUUUAUUACAUUUAUUUUUUGGAGCUCUCCCAUAUUUGUUUCGGCUGUCACUUUCGGCACUUCUAUAUUGUUGGGUGGCCAACUCACAGCAGGAGGUGUUCUUUCUGCUCUAGCCACUUUCAGAAUCCUACAAGAACCACUCAGGAAUUUCCCUGACUUGGUGUCAAUGAUGGCUCAGACAAAAGUUUCUCUUGAUCGAAUUUCUGGAUUCCUGCAGGAGGAAGACUUGCAGGAAGAUGCAACCAUUGCUCUGCCACGAGGCAUGACAAACCUCGCCAUUGAAAUUAAAGAUGGCGAGUUCUGCUGGGACCCUUCUUCUUCAAGGCUUACUUUAUCAGGCAUUCAAAUGAAGGUGCAGAGAGGUAUGCGUGUAGCUGUUUGUGGCAUGGUUGGCUCUGGAAAGUCGAGCUUUCUCUCUUGUAUCCUUGGGGAGAUUCCAAAAAUUUCUGGUGAAGUAAGAAUUUGUGGUACUGCUGCUUAUGUCUCUCAGUCUGCAUGGAUACAAUCUGGAAAUAUUGAAGAAAAUAUUCUUUUUGGCAGCCCAAUGGAUAAAGCAAAGUACAAAAAUGUUAUCCAUGCUUGUUCGCUGAAAAAAGAUUUGGAACUUUUCUCACAUGGAGAUCAGACAAUCAUUGGUGAUAGAGGUAUAAAUUUGAGUGGUGGCCAGAAGCAACGGGUACAGCUUGCAAGGGCACUGUAUCAAGAUGCAGACAUCUAUUUACUUGAUGAUCCCUUCAGUGCUGUUGAUGCGCACACUGGUUCAGAGUUGUUCAAGGAAUACAUAUUGACAGCAUUAGCAAACAAGACUGUGAUUUUUGUGACCCAUCAAGUUGAAUUUUUGCCAGCUGCUGACUUAAUACUGGUUCUGAAGGAAGGGCAGAUUAUACAAGCAGGGAAAUAUGAUGAUCUUUUACAAGCAGGAACUGAUUUUAAUACUUUAGUUGCAGCUCACCAUGAAGCAAUUGAAGCUAUAGAUAUCCCAAGUCACUCAUCUGAUGAUUCAGAUGAGAGUAUGUGUUUCGAUGCUCCUGUUGCGUUUAUUAAAAAAAUUGAUACAACUGGAAGCAAUGUUGACAGUUUAGCCAAGGAAGUGCAAGAGAGCGCAUCGGCUUCAGAUCAGAAAGCUAUUAAAGAGAAAAAGAAAGCAAAACGCUCAAGGAAAAAGCAGCUUGUUCAAGAGGAGGAAAGAGUGAGAGGGAGAGUCAGCAUGAAAGUAUACUUGUCAUAUAUGGCUGCAGCAUAUAAAGGCUUAUUAAUUCCACUAAUAGUCCUUGCACAAGCAUUGUUUCAAUUUCUUCAAAUAGCUAGUAAUUGGUGGAUGGCAUGGGCAAAUCCCCAAACUGAAGGAGGUCCACCUAGGGUGUAUCCUAUGGUCCUUCUUGGUGUUUAUAUGGCCCUUGCCUUCGGAAGCUCAUGGUUUAUAUUUGUGAGGGCUGUUCUAGUUGCUACAUUUGGCCUGGCAGCUGCGCAAAGGUUGUUUCUAAAGAUGCUUAGAAGUGUUUUCCGAGCACCAAUGUCUUUCUUUGACUCCACCCCAGCAGGGCGGAUCUUGAAUCGUGUGUCAAUAGACCAAAGUGUUGUGGAUCUUGAUAUUCCUUUUAGGCUUGGUGGUUUUGCUUCGACAACAAUACAGCUGCUUGGAAUUGUUGGUGUAAUGACUAAAGUUACCUGGCAAGUUUUGCUUCUUGUUGUUCCUAUGGCUAUUGCUUGCUUGUGGAUGCAGAAAUACUACAUGGCAUCUUCAAGAGAACUGGUUCGCAUUGUUAGUAUCCAAAAAUCCCCUAUCAUCCACCUAUUUGGUGAGUCAAUUGCUGGAGCAGCUACAAUAAGAGGCUUUGGACAAGAGAAAAGGUUUAUGAAGAGGAACCUUUAUCUUCUUGACUGCUUUGCUCGUCCAUUCUUCUGCAGUCUUGCUGCCAUUGAAUGGCUAUGUUUACGUAUGGAAUUACUUUCCACCUUCGUCUUUGCUUUCUGCAUGAUUUUACUCGUUAGCUUUCCCCAUGGAAGUAUUGAUCCAAGCAUGGCAGGUCUUGCCGUAACGUAUGGCCUUAAUUUAAAUGCACGCCUAUCACGAUGGAUUCUUAGCUUUUGCAAACUAGAAAAUAAGAUUAUUUCCAUUGAAAGGAUUUAUCAAUACAGCCAAAUACCUAGUGAAGCUCCACCAAUCAUUGAAGAUUCCCGUCCUCCAUCCUCAUGGCCAGAGAAUGGAACUAUUGAUCUGAUUGAUUUGAAGGUUCGUUAUGGUGAGAAUCUUCCUAUGGUGCUUCAUGGGGUAUCAUGCAGCUUUCCUGGUGGAACAAAAAUUGGAAUAGUUGGGCGAACAGGGAGUGGUAAAUCUACCUUGAUCCAAGCAGUAUUUCGUUUAAUUGAACCUGCUGAAGGGAGAAUUAUUAUAGACAACAUAGAUAUUUCCACAAUUGGCCUCCAUGAUCUUCGUAGCCGUCUGGGUAUCAUACCCCAGGAUCCCACCUUAUUUGAAGGGACAAUUCGGGGCAACCUUGAUCCCCUUGAAGAGCAUUCAGAUCAGGAAAUUUGGCAGGCUCUGGAUAAGUCUCAGCUUGGGGAGACAGUCCGUCGGAAGGAGCAAAAGCUUGAUACACCAGUACUAGAAAAUGGAGACAAUUGGAGUGUGGGGCAAAGGCAACUUGUUUCCCUGGGUCGGGCUUUGCUCAAGCAGGCCAGGAUUUUGGUGCUAGAUGAAGCAACAGCAUCAGUGGACACAGCUACGGACAAUCUAAUUCAGAAGAUUAUCCGGACAGAGUUUAAGAAUUGCACUGUUUGCACAAUUGCACAUCGAAUUCCAACUGUCAUUGACAGUGAUCUUGUUUUGGUACUCAGUGAUGGUCGAGUUGCAGAGUUUGAUACUCCAGCACGAUUGUUAGAGGACAAAUCAUCCAUGUUUCUAAAGUUGGUAACAGAGUACUCGUCGAGGUCUAGUGGCAUUCCAGACUUCUAAGUUAUACGGCAUGCCCAAAAAGUCAUUAAGAGUCAAGAGGCAGCAAGAGCAGAUUGGCAACUGCAGAAUGAAGUGGCUGCUGCUGCAUUCGGCCAGCAGGAAGAGAAAUGGGAAGGCCAAGCCGCAGCCGCAGCUGCAGCCGAGUCCGUCAUUCCUUGCAAACUCCCUGUAGGUGAAAGUAAUCUCUCUAAUUCGAGGGGAAUUCGUCAUCGAAAGCAGAAAAUGGGAGAAUUCAUGCGUUGGUUGGCAAUGGCAUACUUCUGUAACAGCAAAUAAUAAGUUGGUAGGAUAGAGGUCGGUAAAUAAUUCCACGGAAGGAACAAAAAAAAAAAAAAAAAGGUUGGGCGGGGUCUAUAUUUGCUCAAUGAUGUGCAAUAAAUUUAGUUUUUAUUUAUUUAGGCUAAGGCAGGCUUUUGUUUAUUAGGAAGUCUGUAGAGAUGAACUAGAAAUGGCCAAUCCCCCACUUGUUCUAGUGGCAUGAUUUUAUUAGCAAUUAGACAGGAAAUUUUGCCCUCUC